UCUCAUUAGCCUAAGCAGCAGCGGUGAUGCAGUCCAUGCCAUUGCUGCUCAGGCAGUCUUUCAGAUCCAGCGUCAGCAGUCUCGCCCGCACCACCUCCUCCCGCCCGGUGCGAAGACCGCUGCUGCCCGCCGCUGGCCCGCAGGAUCUUUACCAUGGCCGAGAUACACCCCGGCGAUUCUCGGUCUGUCUGCGAUGUCAGUUCCGGUCGCAACCUUCGCGGUACUCCUCGAACGAACCGGAGAAGAAACAUGAUGUGAUCAUCCUUGGAGCUCCCGCCGACAGCAAGCCGUCCCCGCCGCCAUCCAAUAGCCCUGAAGAAAGCCAGCAUGUCGAGUCGGAUGCGGGGAGAGACACUUCCGCAGCAGCAGCUGCUGACAUUGCGGAGGAGCAAGCGCCAACGUCAGCUACCACGGAGCCUACGGAGAAGCGAGAAGGAAAGCAAGAGGAUGCUGGUGCAGCGGACGCAGCAGGAUCUGGGUCGGAGCCCGGGGGCCUCCCAUCCUACCUGGAGAACCGACGGUCGCAGUUCGCCAAACAGUUCAGCAGCGUGAUGGAUAAUCUCCAAUCCAACAUCUUCGUGGCUGGCCAGCGAUUGAACGAUCUGACAGGCUACUCCUCAAUUGAAGCGUUGAAGAAAGACAUCCAGUUCCAAGAGGAGCGACUCCGAUCCGCCCGCCGGCAAGUCCGCGCCGCCAAAGACGCCUACGCAGCGGCAAUCAACAACCGAUCGACGUCCCAGCGCGAGGUCAACGAGCUCCUGCAACGUAAACACGCCUGGUCGGCCGCGGACCUGGAACGAUUCACGCACCUGUACCGCAACGACCAUACCAACGAGGUGGCCGAGAACGAAGCGCAGGCGGCGCUGUCCGAGGCGGAGCGCGAGGCCGAGGAGGCCGCGACGCAGCUGAACAAGAGCAUCCUGUCGCGCUACCACGAAGAGCAGGUCUGGUCGGACAAGAUCCGCCGCAUGAGCACCUGGGGCACCUGGGGCCUGAUGGGCGUCAACGUGCUGCUGUUCCUGAUCUUCCAGAUUGCGGUCGAGCCCUGGCGCCGCAAGCGGCUGGUCAAGGGCUUCGAGGAGAAGGUCAUCGAAGCCAUCGAGAAGGAGAAGGCGCUCAACCAGGCCCAGAUCCUGAACCUGCAGUCCGAGUUCUCCCAACAGGUCGCCGCCUCGGCCGCCAAGGCGGAGUCUGCCGCGCUCGCUGCUGCCACAGCCUCUGAACCCGAGACCCUGGCGGUUGUUGCCUCCGAGGCCGACGCCGCCAGCGAAGCUGUCCCCAACGAGCAGGAGGUCCCCGCCCCAGAAACGAUAACUCCCGAACCCGAGGCUCCAAUCUCAAUCCAGGACCCCUCCUCCUCACACAUGAACUUCAACAGCAACAACAACAACAACAACCGGUUGGAAAACGUCCUCCAGACCUGCAAAUCCCACUACUCACGCAUCCCCCCCUACGGCACCCUCAUCGACUCCACCCGUCGCUACCUCCGCGACCUCUUCAGUGACCGCCAGAUCACCAUGACCCAGCGGGACCACUCUAUCCUCGCUAUCCAGAGCGCUGCAGCCGGUGCAACCGUUAUCGGACUGCUAGCCUUCUUCAUCCGUCCGCAGUGAGAACCACUCCUUGAGUGUGAGUCGGCACCUCGAAGGACGUCUACCGUUAUGUAUCUUAUCAAGCCGUGAUUUUUUCUUUGAUGGAAGGCCCCCUUCCAAUGUAUGUAUUUGUAUAAAGACUCUCAAGACAUAAAUUAAGCGAAUGCGCAUUGUUUUUCUAUAUUAGAUGGGAGGAUAGUGGUUGAGGG